AUGGCUGAAGGACAAGAGAAAUGUCUGUCUUUGAUUGGAUUUAGCCUCAUCUGCCUUAAAAUGGUUGUUUCAGCUAAGACAGCUCCGGAAAUACCGGCUAUUGCCCAGGCAUAUUCAAAAGUGAGCAGUAGCAUCACUGUGGAAUGGGCCGCAGUGCCAGGAGCUACCAGUUACCUGCUCACAGCGGAAGAUGGAGACACUGUCAUGGAGACCGUGGUGGCCAGUUCCCCAGGCACUGUGACAGGCCUGAAGGCUGCCACCGUGUAUCAGAUCACCAUCAGGUCCAUCAGUGCUGCUGGGAGAAGCCAGGCUUCUACUCCAAAGCAGGCAAAGACAGUGUUGGCGGCACCAGUUCUAGAAGUAAGCUCUCCGAGUCCGGACUCCAUCCUCGUGCGGUGGGAAGCUGUAUAUAUGGCCACCGGGUUCUCUGUGUCCAUUAUGCGAGCCAAUGGCUUGGGGAGGAUUUGGAAAGAGAAUACUACGAACACGUCCGUGACCUUUAGCAGUUUAGAUGCAGGGACUCUCUACACCAUAAAGGCCUACGCCUGGAAUGCCAACGGAAUCCCCGGGGAUGACGCCACCUGCAACCAGAGAACAAGUCCUCGCGCCCCUGCCAACAUCCAUGUGUCUUUUGACAGUGGGGCUUUGAAGGCAUCUGUGUCGUGGAACCCGGUGGAAGGAGCUUUCAAUUACACUGUGAAGGCACGGAGUGACUCUUCUGAGCAGAGCUGCAGCACGGCCUUGCGUGCUUGCAGCCUCUCUCCCCUGCAGUGUGGCACCGACUACUUCAUCUCUGUGUUCUCCAGUAACGACGCAGGGGCCAGCGAGUCCUCCUCAGCCGUGACCUUGAGGACAGUUGCCUGUGCGCCCGGCAGGGUGACCAUCCUGGAGGACAUCCCUGGCCACCUGUCUGUGACGUGGUCCAGUGUGGAUCGGGGUGACUACUACGUGGCCUUUGUGAAGAGUGAUGAUGGCUUGGAAGUGCACUGCAACACGUCCCUCACACACUGCAAUUUCUUAUCCGAGUGUGGCUUUACUUACUUUAUUAGUGUUUUUGCCUAUAACAAGGCAGGGCAGAGUCCUUUGGGUGAUGUAUUCAAUUAUACCACAGCUCCCUGUUGUCCUAGUGACAUUAACCCCGUGUUAGUGUCCAGUGACAGAGUAGAGAUGGCUUGGUCUCCUGUUCGUGGUGCAGAACUCUACGAGACCAAGGCCAGAGCUGGGUCCAGCGUGGUGGAGUGUAAUGAUACCGUCCCGGCCUGCACGCUCUCGGCUCUACAGUGUGACACCAAGUAUGAGAUCACGGUGUAUUCCUUCAGCGAGAUCCGGGGCAGCAAUAUGUCAUGCUCACCCCAACUGAUCACCACAGCUCCUUGCAGUCCGGAAAUCAAAAGCAUUUCCAGGGAUGAAUCCUCUACAGUUACUGUGCAGUGGCAAGCCGCAAAUGAGGACGCCAGGUACACGGUGACAGCCCGGGGGGCGCAGGGGCUGAUCCGGUGCCAGGGCUCAGGCUGGGCCUGCGCCCUGCGGGGUCUGCCCUGUGGCUCCGUCUUCUCCAUCACCGCGGUGGCGGAAACACCGGCAGGAAAAAGCGCCCCCAGCUACAGCGUCCCCCUGGAAACAGUGCCAUGUUGCCCAGCCGGUCUGAUCAUAACUCAGGUCACCCAAUCAAUCAUCAAUGUGAGCUGGAGUAUUGCGACAGUGGCCCAAACGUACGUGACAGUUCUGGAAUCCCACACCGGGCAGUCCACGUGUCACACCCAUCAGAACCACUGUCUCUUGGGGUGCAUCACCUGCGGCAGCAGCUACACGCUGGGCCUGAAGGCAGUUAGUGCUACGGGGUUGACUUCGGAGUGCAUCUACCAAAGUUAUUCUUCCAGUGCCUGCUGCCCUUUGGGGGUGAAGGUGUAUCGGUUGGGCUCUAAUGGCAUCCGGAUCUACUGGCAAGCCUCCAGGGGCUCCGCCAACUACAGUGCUGACCUUUAUGGCUCCAAAGGUGUCUUCACAUGUGCCCCAAGUGCCGGCCUCCGUUUCUGUGACAUCACCCAAAUUCCCUGCGGGGAUGUAUACACCGUGAUGGUCUCGCCAGUUGCUGAAACAGGACUGAAGCUUACGUUCUGUCCCAAAAAAAUAUAUUCAGUAACCUGCUCUGGAAGUACACUUGGAAUGGUGAUUUACAGAGGGAAGAGGAAUGCAGAAUGA